AUGUCAACGGUCCAAAACUACCACGACGCGCUCUUGGCCCUAUCCGGCAACCCUGCCCUCGCAGCUGCAAGAAGUGGUCUUCUCGUUGGCAUGAGCGGCGAAGAACUCAUCGACGUCAUCACCUGUGGAAUCAAGACUGGUGUUUCUAGGGAAGGUCUCACUACCAUCGCGACACAGUUGUUUGAGGAAAUUGCAGCGGCUCAAGCAGGCGGCGUGGUAGCGCCUGUGGAAGACAAUAAUGGCGGCGACGUCGCUGAUGACAGCGACGAUGUUGUCCGCAACAAAGGCCGGACUCCUCGCAGGCGUGAGAAACACGGAAGCAAAGGAGGCACUCUUGCGCGAGCAGGGAAGAGGACAAGAGCCGUAAGUCCGGAGUCAGAGGGAGAGGAAGAAGACCAGAUCAACAACCAGAUAUCAGGUGAGGAGGAGGAGGCGGAAAUCAUCGACGGUGAUAAAACAGAAGGAGAUGCCAAUGCCGCCGGGGACACCAACAGCGAUACCGAUGCCACUCCCGAUGAAAUCAGAGUGACACCCUGGAAAGAAAUCCAAGAGUCUUCGGUCAUGCUCGAUCUAAGCCUCACCGACAGCGAAGAUGGGUGCAGCAGCGACGAAGACUAUACCGAAGAUCUUGCCGAUACAAAGCUACGGUGCGGAAUACCCAGACCCAGACCUACAACCGGUAUUCGGUUCCUGCCCGACAUCGACGUAGUUUUCCGGGUACCCAUCGGGGAAGGCUUCGAGUUCAAAGAACUGGACGAGUUCCCGAUCACAUUUGUCAAGGAGAUGACCCGCAAGUUCAACCACGACUUCCUGAGAAAGUCGAAGCACAGGACACAAUUUCGGAAAAUGAUGAAUGAAGUGGACGAUGCGGACACAUGUGUAUAUCGUCUACUCGACGCACCUCACCCGCCCGAACCAGAGGAACCUAAACCAGCGCUGGUUCCGUAUUCCGAGGCUUGCCCCUGUUGCUACGAGGAGAAGAGGCUGUGCGCUAGAUCCAUAAGAUCCGACGAGCUUGAGCCCAGGCUGGUGGUUUAUCCGUUGGGGACGGCAUGGAUAAAUGGCGGGGACUGGCGGUCUAUGGGAUUCUGGAUACGCUAUUGA